UUAUAACAGGUUUAUUCUCCUGUUCCUAAAAACAUGAGCUUGACCAGUAGCUCAGGGUAGGGGCAGCCAAAGGGACUCCAUUGUUCCAUGCUGAAGUUGGGAUUCAGGUUUGUAUUUAUGGCAAUAGAAGUACAAGCAAGCUCAGUGCAAGUCUCUGCACAGCUCCAGCCAUAAACCCCAUUUCUAACAUGCACCGUGCUGUGUUCAUAGAAAGUGCUCAGGUGGAACAAGAUGAGCAUUAAGGUCCUUCCAGACCCAUCCAUCCUGUGAUUCUGUGAGUCCAUUAUUCCUCCUUGGGUAUCUGGCACAGGGCCCAGCUGGAACAGGAGAUGAACAAGGUAAGCUGGACCUCCAAAGGGCUCUUCUCAUACCCUCAGGCCACCAAGACUGGUUGGGAAGGACAGCUCCGUUUCCCAGCACACACAAUCCAAACAACAGGGUCAAGUCCCAUGACAUAAGCACAAACAUUCGUUUCCCAUAGAAACUGUGUAAUUAUCAAACAUUAAUCUUCGCUGGCCCUCCUCUCCAGACAAGGCUACCAACCUGCUUUCACUUGUAUUUGUUAUCUCCCUUGUCUGUUAGAGGAUCACACCUGACAGUUGUAUAGUUAAUCUCUUGGUAGCUGUGAAAUGAAAGGGUAAGCUCUGGCUGCCUUGAGAAGAUGCAUUGAUUUCUUAAAAUGACACAUCGCCUCCUCCCUUGAUGUUCAAGCAGGAGCUCAGGGCUGGUGUUAUGGAUCCUGCCUGUCAUUCAAUUAAAAAAGCUUAGUGGAGAUGCUCCAGCUGAGCACACCAGACAGCAUUAAGGCUAAGCCCUGACCCAAAGAUUUAAUAGCAGGAGUACGAAGGCACCUUCAGCCCAGAGGCUUGACCAGUUUGCUGAUGAGUUCACCGGUUGUGGUAUGGAGCUUGCCACUGUGGACCAGGCAAACCACUCUCCUCUCCACAGUAACAGCUGACUGGGUAGCCAGAUCCCACAGGAAAGCAGAGCAGGAAAACCCCUUCCUUCCCACAAGGAAGUUCGCAGCACUUAGUGGAGCAUUUUAUAUCCUAUUUCAACACAGCUCUUUCAUAAGGAUUAUGUGUUUAAUAAAAUCUCUUGACACUGUGCAACAGCCUCAGUCCCACUGUGGAGAGUGAAGCGCUGGUAUCUGGCCUCAGAUGGGCUUUGCAAGAAGUAAAUAAGCCCCCAUUUGCAGCAAUGCCAUAAAGCCCAGAGGCCUUUAUCUGAGAGUGAGAAAUUAGGAAGAAAGCCUUCCCUGUGAGGGUGCUGAGGCCCUGGCACAGAGAAGCUGUGGCUGCGCAAUCCAUGGAAGUGCCCAAGGCCAGGUUGGACAGGGUUUGGAGCACCUUGUUAUAGAGGAAGGUGUCCCGGCCCAUGGCAGGGCAUGGAACAAGGCGACUUUCCAGCCCAAGCCAUCCUGCGAACCUGUGAUUUCAUGGUUCCAUCAUGCUACAUCCACCUUCCUGGUUCCAGCAUCCCAUUGUGACAAAGCAGCAGGCACCGAGUGCCGCGGUGCUGCCCCGUGUCACUGCGGUGUCACCGCUCCACAGACGCCGCAGACACGUCUGGUUGCAGGGCAGAGCAGACUCGCUCUCCCCAGGACGCCGGUGUCACCGAGCCUGAAGCCCCCGGAGCCCCAAAGCUUUGGAAACAUGGCUAAAGUUUUGCAUGAAGCUGAAACUUCUUCGGACACAACUGCACCCAGAGAGGAACAGGACGACAAUGCCAGCAUGGAGCAGUACCUGAGAAACAAAAACCUUGUUCUGGACUUCCUGCGCUCUGACCUGAACCCCCACCACCUCCAGUACCACUGGAACAAAGUUCAUCUUCUGAAGAAGUGUUACUUCUACUUGAAGUUUGAACCCAGACAUGUGUGCGUGAGAGACCAGAACAAUAUGAUGAUUUUUGCUGACAUCUUGCAAAUAGCAAACCCCUGCCAACUCCAGAAGAUCAAGAAGGUGGGAAAAAAACAGACUGAAAUCCAGCUGGCACUUUUAACUGAGCUGUUGGAACAGUUGGAACGAGGUCGGGAGGAGCUGAGCCGUUACGUACAGAUCUGUGACGUGGAAACUUUCCUCUCCCAGUGGGACUUGAAUAUAAAGAGAGUGCUCAAGCUCUCCAUGUUUUUCAAUAAGCUCAUUUCCUUGGAAGAGCCAAGGAAGCUCCACGUCAAGCACAGUUUGGUGUCACAGAUACAUCUUGGAGGUGCUCUACACCCUCCCAUUACUUUUUCUCUCUAUACAAAGAAGCCGCCGAUUUUUGAUCGGAUAGAGUCGUUUGCAUGCCAGACCUGGGCCCAGCUCAAGUGGUUCACUGAAAGUCAGGAGUCCCACCUUGAACGAUGGCAGCUGGAGAUCAAGCUGGUGACAGAUGACAGUCAGACAGAGCCAGGAUACGGUCGGACCCAGGAAGUCAUCUCCAACCCGUGUGUAAUCAACCACCUGCUGCCUGGCAGGUUGUAUGAGUUCAAAGUGAGGAGAUCCGACACUCACACGCUCGUCUACUCGCAGUGGCACGACUGCAUUAUAUUGAAGACAAAAACUCACCCUGCUGAGGACACCAAGGAGGCCCCCAACCGCAGCCUGAUGAGGCGGCUCACGAGACCGACUCCCUCAGUUUAAUGGUUUAAUGAAAAAGAUGAGUAAGAAUAAUUAAAAAUAAAUUGUUUAAACAGUUUGCUUAAAAAUCAAUCUCGCUCUGUUUUCAAUAGCAAUUGUACAGGUGCCUUCCCAAAAUCUUUCCAUGUUAGCAGGAACCCAUUUGAAAUUUCUCACAAAAAAAUAACAUAUUUAGGCAGCAUUUGGGACUCAACACUUUUGUCACACUGCCAGAGGUAAUAGGUGGGAGCAGCCAGAACCAGGAAAUAUUGCAGGACAACUCUGAAGCAGAGCACAGGAGACAGAAGCGUCUCUACCACCCAAUGCUUUCCAUCCACUGAAGGAUGCUUAGUGUCAGCUUCUCCAAAUGAUGUUUUGGGUUUU